CUCCCUUUCCCCACUUCCCCAACCAACUCCCUCAUCACGUCCCCAACCAUGGACCUGAUAAUAAACAGCACAACUGGUGCUCUGAAGAACCUGGUACAGGUGCAGUCCGGCAACACCAUGGACGCCGUUAAGGAUUUCGCCAAGCUGGCGAUCCUUGGGACGACGGUCGAGACAGCGCGGCGACUCGCCUCCUCUGGGUGGAAACAGUUCAUUGAGUCCUUCUUCCUGACGGCCCAUUUCACACAAGAUGACUACCCAUAUGACUGGUUGUUGCACUGGUUGUCGAAACAGCCUGCGUGGGGCCGAUCCCGUGAAUUCGAGAUCACCACCCGCACCGGCUUGAGACUUGGAGUCGUGAACAACAACAAGAGCGAGGUUGACGACGAGGAUGACGACGAAGAGGACAAAGCGCUGAUCAGCGGAGGACGUGCAAAGAAGGUCUCCUUCAUGCCAUCCCACGACACGACCCACACGAUCUUCUUCGCCGGUCAUUGGCUUCAUAUCACGCGCGGACGCACCCAAGGAACUGAUUGGUAUGCCAACGCCGAGACCCUUAAAAUCAGUGUGAUUGCGCGGAACAACGAUGUGAUAAAGCAGCUCGUCCUUCAGGCCAAGAAAGAUUACGAGCGUGAUGCUGAGCAUCGCGUGCACAUUUUCCUGGCAGACAUCUACGGCAGAUGGGGGUGGAAUGGUGCCCGUCAGAAACGGCCGCUGUCGUCUAUCGUGCUGGAGCCAGGUAUCAAGGAGAUGUUGCUUGACGAUGCCAAAGAUUUUCUGAGAUCUGAGGACUGGUAUGCCGAUCGCGGCAUCCCAUUCCGUCGAGGAUAUCUUCUGCAUGGCGUACCUGGGUCUGGCAAGACCUCUCUCAUUCAUGCGCUGGCUGGCGAACUUGGUUUGGACAUCUAUGUCGUCACGCUCAGUUCUAAAGGCAUGAACGACUCGUCCCUCGCUUCCUUGAUGGGUCGAGUACCAAGUCGCUGCAUCGUGCUGCUGGAAGAUCUCGACGCCGCUUUCACGCGGUCAACAAGUCGUGAUGAUACUGCGACUGGCACCCCCACUUCCACCACCACCAAGACCACUGCGGAUGAUGGAAAUACGUUGAGUCUGAGCGGACUGCUUAAUAGUCUUGACGGUGUAGCUGCCACCGAAGGCCGACUACUGUUCGCUACAACUAACCAUAUUGAACGCUUAGAUCCUGCACUGUCGCGUCCGGGGCGUAUGGAUGUAUGGGUAGACUUCAAGAAUGCGACAAGCUGGCAGGCCGAAAGGUUGUUCAAGAACUUCUUCCCUUACGUGGGUCAGAAGUUGGAGGACGGAUCCGUGGCCACUAUUGAGACACUCAGCCUUCGGCCCCCUACAAGUCGCAAGAAAUCUAAAGCUUCUGCCCGUGCUGCCCCCGUCCUUACUGAAGCAGAAAUGACUGAGCUAGCCAGCACCUUCGCCCAGCGUGUGCCAGACGGUGAAAUGAGCGUCGCGGCCCUGCAAGGGUAUCUGCUGAAGAACAAGUCAAGGCCGAAGGAGGCAGUGGCAGAGGUCGAAGCGUGGGUUAAGAAGGAACGCGAGACUAAGGCCAAGUUGAAGAAGGAGAAGGAGGAGAAGGAGGCGAAGGAAAAGGAAGAGAAGGAUGCGAAAGAGAAAGAAGAGAAGGAGAAAACUGCCGCUGCUGAGAAAGCCGCGGUGAAGGAAAAGAGGAAGCUCCUGCGUGCCAAAGAGAAGCGCCGCGCCGCACGGCGUGUUGCUGGGGAGGUUCCCACUGACUCCUCUGACUCCGAGUUCGACAAGCCUACCCCCUCUACCUCGGCUAGCAAAGCUGAGAAGACGCCCCCCGCAUCCUCUGAUAAGCCGGUCGAGGGAACGGAGGCCCACGCUGAGGCUCUUGUUGCCGCACUUGUCGACGCGGCGACUACCAAAUCUGACAUCAAGGACGCUCCCACUGAGCUGACCUCUGGAGCCUCUACACCUGUCAUGGUUGAUAAGCCAGUAACUGACGGCGACCUGAGCUGCGAGGAGGCCGAGAAACAGACUGACUCGAAAGGCCCUGCCCCUGACGCCACGUCCUCUGUCCCUGAGACGUCUACCUCCGAGACCUCGACCUCCUCGACCAGUUGAAGUCCACGUUUGCUUGUUCCUGUUAGGGUUUUUGGUUUUCAUGUACAUAGAAUCACGGUCCUUACGGUAAUUACGACACGCAUGUUUGAC